AUGUCAGGAGCUAGUAGACUUAAUCCUGAAGACGAGAGGAUCCUCCGGAGGAUAAGGAGAGCAGAAAGAGGAAAGGGGAUAUUCGGUGAAGAGGAAUCAGAGGGAGAGGACCAAGUCAUGGAGGACAAUCUGCACAUUCCUCCUGGAGGGGUCUGCAACAAUGAUGGACCACCUAGAAGGGUGCUAUCUUCUUACACCAUCCCUGAUCCAAAACAUUGUGGGAGCAGUAUUGCUACUCCAACUGUUCAGGCCAAUAACUUUGAGUUAAAACCCCAACUCAUCACUUUGGUACAAAACAACUGCUCCUAUGGAGGGGGACCUCUUGAAGACCCAAAUCAACAUCUGUUUGUUUUUCUAAGGAUAUGCAAUACAGUGAAGACCAAUAGAGUACACCCAGACGUCUACAAACUGCUGCUAUUUCCAUUCUCUUUGAGGGACAAGGCCACUCAAUGGCUAGAGUCAUUCCCCAAGGAAAGCCUCAAUGAUUGGAAUGAAGUGAUGAGCAGAUUUUUAGCAAAGUUCUACCCACCUCAAAAGAUCAUCAAGUUGAAGACAGAGGUUCAGACUUUUAGGCAAAUGGACGGGGAGUCGUUAUAUGAGGCCUGGGAAAGGUAUAAGGCACUAAUGAGAAGAUGCCCACCUAACAUGUUUAGUGAUUGGGUCAAACUCCAAAACUUCUAUGAAGGCUUAAAUCCAGAAGCAAGGAAAGGACUAGAUUACUCAUCAGGAGGAUCACUCAACAUGAUGAAGACCGCAGAAGAGGCUCAAGACCUCAUUGAGAUUGUGGCAAACAAUCAGUACUAUUACUCAUCAGAGAGGCAACAUAACCCAGCCCCAAAGAAAGGCGUGAUGGAGCUUGAAGGUAUUGACGCUAUCUUGGCACAAAAUAAGUUAAUACACCAACAGAUUCAGCAACAAAUGGAAAUGAUAACAAAGAGAAUGGAUGGCCUCCAACUAGCAUCAGCGAACACAACAAAUCAAUCAUCACUGGAAUGGGGCCAAGGUGAAGGGACCACUAUUGAACAGCCACAAGAACAAGUUCAGUACAUGCAGAAUACUUCAAAUUCUCAGGAUGAAUUUCAUGGUGAUACAUACAACCCAUCCUGGAAAAAUCAUCCCAAUCUGAAGUAG